CUCAGCCACGGGAGGAUAAUGGAGUCGGCGGAGCCUCUUGUGCCGCUUGGAGGGUCGAAGCGGCUCCCGGGAGAGAAUGCCAAGAAGAACACUCUUGACAACACAAAAUGAGAAACAGCAUUAUAGUGCAAAAGAAGCCAUCAUUCAAGUUAUUUUAGUUGAACGAAAAAACCACCAGGCAAGAGGUCAGAACUAUUUUUUGCCAUCUCAAAAAUCCAAGCAUAUCAGUGUUGGAAAAAUCCUGGAGACUGCCUAAUGUGGGAAGAACACAGAUGGCAGAUCAUGUCUGAUUCUGCACAACUGGAUUCAUUCAGUGAAAAGCCAUACAAAUGUUUGGAGUGUGGCAAAAACUUUUCUCGGAAAAGCUUGCUCAUGAUUCAUGGAAGAAUCCAUACUGGAGAGAAGCUUUACCAGUGCUCCCAAUGUGGCAAAAGAUUUAGCUUUCAUUCUAAUCUAGUGAAACACAAGAGGAAUCACACAGGAGAAAAACCGUACAAGUGCUUGGAUUGUGGGAAAAGUUUCCGUUGGAAUUCCAACCUGGUGGUACACCACAGGACACACACAGGAGAGAAACCGUAUAAAUGUAGUGAGUGUGGAAAGGAUUUCAAACAGAGUUCCCAGCUUGUGAGACACCAAAGAACACACACAGGAGUAAAACCAUUUCAAUGUUCGGAUUGUGGAAAAAGCUUUAGUCAGAAUUCCAACCUGAUGAUACACCAGAGAAUUCACACUGGAAAAAAAACGCAUCUGUGUCUGGAUUGUGGGAAAGAUUUCCAACAGAAUUCGAAGCUUGUGAUGCAUCAGAGAAUUCACACACGAGAGAAACCAUAUGAGUGUCCAGAUUGUGGAAAAGGUUUCCAGCAGAAUUCUAAGCUUGUGAUACACCGGAGGACUCACACAGGGGAAAAACCAUAUGAGUGCCUGGAUUGUGGGACAAGGUUCAGUAAUAAUUCAAACCUGGUGAUACAUCUGAGGACUCACACUGGAGAAAAACCAUAUGAGUGCCCGGAUUGUGGGAAAAGGUUCAGUCUUAAUUCAAACCUGGUGAUACAUCAUAGAACUCACACUGGAGAAAAACCAUAUGUGUGUCUGGAUUGUGGGAAAAGUUUCAAACAGAAUUCUAAGCUUGUCAUUCACCAGAGGACUCACACAGGAGAGAAACCAUGUAAGUGUCCAGACUGUGGGAAAGGUUUCAAUUGGAAUUCCGAGUUGGAAGUACACCAGAGGACUCACACAGGAGAAAAACCAUAUGAGUGUUCAGAAUGUGGGAAAGGUUUCAGUUGCAAGUCUGACCUGGGGAAGCAUUGGAAGACUCACUCUGGAAAGAAACCAUAUGAAUGUCUUGAAUGUGGGAAAAGUUUCAGUCAUAAUUCCGAUUUGACGAGACACUGGAGAACUCACACAAUAGAGGAACCUUAGGAAUGUUCUGAUUGUGGGAAAUAUUCCAGUUAUACGUCUAGUCCUGUGAUUGCGAACCUAUGGCAUGGAGCCAUUUCUUAGGCCACGCAAGGUGUUGGCCCGUCAGCUCCAGCUGAUUUUCGACUGUAUUUUCCUGAAGCCUCCGGAGGCCAGAAACUGCCUAAUGCAAACCCGGAACUUUGGGAAUGGACUUGGUAGGGUGAAAAAAACGGCCCAAUGGCCCCUUUGGGCCAUUUUUCUCCUUCAGGAGGCUUUCCUGAAGCCUGUGGCGGGCAAAAAACAGCUCAAAGUGCCUCCUGGAGGUCUGGUGGCUUCAGUGAGGCCUGCACGCAUACAUGGGGGGUGGGGAGUUGUGCGCGUAUGCGUGUGGGGAGUUGUGCACGUAUGCGUGUGGGGAGGGCAUCUCAUUAUGGUGUGGGCAUGCGUUCGUGUGACCAACCCCGCUCCCCACUGCUUUUGGCAUGCCUCAACAAAAAAGUUAACCAGAACUCUUUUAGCCUUAUAAAGCAUGUAAGGUUACAAAUUUGGGAGUAAUCAUUCAAAUGCCCAGAUUGCAGACAGUUUUCAUACAAAGCUCACAGAACUUUUUAAGGCAAGCUGUUCCAUUGGUUGAUUGUUCUGACUGUUAAAAUUCUGCUUAUUUCAAGUCUGAAUCUUUCCUUGAUCAGUUUUCGCCAGGGUGGAUUUGAUUUAAAUCAAGUUGAUUUA